GGAGUAUGUCUGUAUGCAGAGGAUACAGGACAAGGACAUUAUGAAGUGUGUCUGGCCUUCAUUUUUUGCCAUACCCUCCCCAAUGUGCCUGUCCCCAACAGGGCUGAGGUUUAAGGGGUUUGACUCUGUGUACCUGUCCCCAACAGGGCUGAGGUUUAAGGGGUUUGACUCUCUCUACCUGUCCCCAACAGGGCUGAGGUUUAAGGGGUUUGACUCUGUGUACCUGUCCCCAACAGGGCUGAGGUUUAAGGGGUUUGACUCUCUCUACCUGUCCCCAACAGGGCUGAGGUUUAAGGGGUUUGACUCUCUCUACCUGUCCCCAACAGGGCUGAGGUUUAAGGGGUUUGACUCUGUGUACCUGUCCCCAACAGGGCUGAGGUUUAAGGGGUUUGACUCUGUGUACCUGUCCCCAACAGGGCUGAGGUUUAAGGGGUUUGACUCUGUGUACCUGUCCCCAACAGGGCUGAGGUUUAAGGGGUUUGACUCCAUGCGCCUAUCCCCAACAGGGCUGAGGUUUAAGGGGUUUGAUUCUGUGUACCUGUCCCCAACAGGGCUGAGGUUUAAGGGGUUUGAUUCUGUGUACCUGUCCCCAACAGGGCUGAGGUUUAAGGGGUUUGAUUCUGUGUACCUGUCCCCAACAGGGCUGAGGUUUAAGGGGUUUGACUCUGUGUACCUGUUCCCAACAGGGCUGAGGUUUAAGGGGUUUGACUCUGUGUACCUAUCCCCAACAGGGCUGAGGUUUAAGGGGUUUGACUCUGUGUACCUGUCCCCAACAGGGCUGAGGUUUAAGGGGUUUGACUCAAAGCCCUGACCUUAUUAAGCCGAAACCAAACACUUGUCACUGAAAGCAGAGUGGCAGCUUGGUAGACGAGGACAGUUGUGGGUAAACCGGUUCUCCCUGUGAAACGCUUGCUGUCCACCUGGCGGGUUUGGCUGCAUAGUGCUCAAGUGUUCCUUCGUUCUCCCUCGGUAUGGGACUGUCCCAGAAGCCAUUUGCUGGGGAAGGGGGGGUCGGGGGGUGCUAAAAGUGUCACACACACGGAGAAUUAAGCUGCCCUUUCACCUCAUUUUCUAUGUCUGGCCUGUUACGUCAGCUGGUCUUUCAGCCACACCAGUGAAAUGAAACCCAGGCCCUUAGAAACGUCAAGGAAUUUGGUGGGCAGUCGAGGAGCCUCGAGAGGGUCCUGUUGUCGGAUGGCACAAAAUGGCCGACACGCGGGGGUGUUUGCCUCUGCGUGAAGCCAUGGAGACAUUAAAAACGCCUCUCCGCCCCUUUGUGGUGACGUUCCGUACUCGAACCGGAGAUCCUGCUUCUUGCCCUGGCCCGGCUUGCGUUGAUUUGGCGGACCUCUAAACCGCAGGCAACGGAAAAGUCCCGUACCCACGUCGUUGUGAGCCCCGCCCGUGCCGCUGGGCCUGUAGCUACCUGGUCCCUCUGCCUUCGUGCGCUUACCGUUUGCCUGGCUCUCUACCAAAGUUUCGCUGAGCCCCGAUCGCACCGGAGGAAAUCAAAGGAGGGGUAAAGCCGGGUCUCGGGUUGCUCGCAGUUGAAGCUUUUCGUGCGCUCCGACUCGGGCCCUAACGCAUUCGUGUACAGACUCGACCGGUUUGUAAUCGGUAUUUGCAGGGCGAGGCCGGUGUACGUCAGAGAACACCGUUGGCUGCUUUUAUCUGGAAGCGGAGGGAAUUAUGGGAUUAGUGUGCGCAGGGUUUUAAUGUCCUCGCUUCAGUUUUUUUCUUUUUUGUUUUUUUUUUUGGGGCCGAACGUCAUGAGGUGUAUCGAACCCGACGGGCUUUAGAGCCGCCUGUCUCGUCUCCGAUUGAAAAGCUCUCCGCGAAAUUUCAGGGGAAAUUAUUUUUAGGGUCCGUUAAAGGCUGAAAAGCCGGAGGGGGAAACAAAAAAAAAAAAAAAAAAAAAAAAAAA